CUGUGUUUGCAGGGCGAUGCUAACAAAAAGCUCAACUCAAAUGACCUUUAGAAUAAGAGCUGUUGUUUUUUCCUUUGCAUCCCAUGCUACUAUCCCGACAGGCCGGUGCUGAAUGGCUUUUUUUGGUAUCAAUUGAAAUGGGAAUGACGAAAGCUGCGUCACACACUUACUUCCUCAGGUAGGUGUGGAUAACCUUGACAAAUCCGCGCAUAGUUUUGCAUUUUUUUACCCCCCUCAGACAUCACACCUUACCGUGCAGAGACGCUGUGAUGACCGGAAGUCUCAAACAACAAGUGAGUGUCAGGUAGCCUAAUAAUUUGUCAUUGCUGGUAAUGAGCGGCACUUUGUGCGUCACGGUGCGCCCCGGACUCUCCUCCCUGCAUGUCAAUUGUAGGCAGAGCAGCAUGUGAUCCUCCGUCCUCCAGUGUCCUGUGAGCGAUCAGUCAGUACCACACAGACACACAAGUGCUGCCCGGCGGAUGCAUUCAUGCCUUUCUACAGAUUUUCUCUCACAUCUGCGGUCACGAUAAACCCUGGAUAUUGUUGAUCGCUGCUAAAGACUCAGACGGACUGAAGCCCCAGACCUGAAAUCACUCCUCAGCAUCUCCCUUAUAGCUCCCUAUAGCAUCCAUCUAUCUCUUCUCCACUCUCUGCCUGCAUCACUUCUUCCUGUUCCUACCAGUCUCUGUCUCGCUCUCUCUUUCUGUCUCCACCCCACCCCGAUGCCUAAGAACAGCAAGGUGACGCAGCGCGAGCAGAGCCAUGAGCACGUCACAGAGUCGGUGGCUGACCUGCUCGCACAUGAGGAGCCAAUCGACUACAAGAGCAGCGCCCUGAACGUUGGAGGGGCCGCCGGGAAGAAAGUCCCGCAGAUAGAGGUGCCCGAAAACGAUGGACGACCUGCCUGGAACAGCAAACUGCAGUACAUCCUGGCCCAGGUGGGCUUCUCUGUAGGCCUGGGGAACGUGUGGCGCUUCCCUUACCUGUGCCAGAAGAAUGGAGGAGGUGCCUAUCUGGUUCCCUACUUCAUCCUCCUCCUCAUCAUCGGCAUCCCGCUCUUCUUCUUGGAGCUGGCUGUGGGUCAGAAGAUCCGACGUGGGAGCAUCGGGGUCUGGAACUACGUCUGUCCCAGUCUGGGCGGGAUAGGAAUGUCCAGUCUGAUGGUGUGUGGCUUUGUGGGUCUCUACUAUAAUGUGAUCAUCGGCUGGAGCAUCUUCUAUUUCUUCCAGUCCUUCCAGUAUCCUCUUCCAUGGAGCGACUGUCCAAUCAGAAAGAAUGGGACUCUUGCCAUUGUGGAGCCGGAGUGCGAGAAAAGCUCGGCUACGACCUAUUUCUGGUACCGUCAGACCCUGAACACAACCAGUACCAUCGCGGAGAGCGGUGGACUCAACAUCAAAAUGACCCUGUCCCUGCUGGUGGCUUGGAUCAUCGUCUGCCUCGCCGUCAUCAGAGGAAUUGCCUCCUCUGGGAAGGUGAUGUAUUUCAGCUCUCUCUUCCCAUAUGUGGUGCUGUUCUGUUUCCUGGUCAGGGGUUUAAUGCUGAAGGGAUCAGUGGAUGGUAUCGCUCACAUGUUCACUCCCAAGUUGGAGAAGAUGCUGGAGCCCCAGGUGUGGAGAGAGGCGGCUACCCAGGUCUUCUUCGCCCUGGGUCUGGGGUUUGGAGGAGUCAUAGCCUUCUCCAGUUACAAUAAGAUUGAUAACAACUGUCACUUUGAUGCCGUGCUCGUCUCUGUCAUCAACUUUCUCACGUCCAUUCUGGCCACGCUGGUGGUGUUCGCUGUGCUGGGCUUCAAGGCCAACAUCAUGAAUGAAAAGUGUGUCGUAGAUAAUGCAGAGAAGAUUCUGGGAUACCUCAACUCUAACGUCCUGAGUCACGAUCUGAUCCCUCCACAUGUAAACUUCUCCCAUCUCAGCACAUCAGACUACGCUGAGAUGUACGGGGUCAUCAAGACCAUUAAAGAGGGCAGCUUCACCCAACUGGGUCUGGAGCCUUGUCUCCUGGAGGACGAGCUCAACAAGGCUGUCCAGGGAACCGGCCUGGCCUUCAUCGCCUUCACAGAAGCCAUGACCCACUUCCCGGCGUCUCCAUUCUGGUCGGUCAUGUUCUUCUUCAUGCUCAUCAACCUCGGUCUGGGCAGCAUGAUCGGCACCAUGACCGGCAUCACCACACCUGUCCUCGAUACCUACAAGGUCCAGAAGGAGCUUUUCACAGUGUGUUGCUGCGUUGUGGCCUUCCUCUGUGGUCUGUUGUUCGUUCAACGUUCAGGGAAUUACUAUGUCACCAUGUUUGAUGAUUACUCUGCCGGACUGCCUCUCACUGUAGUCGUCAUCCUGGAGAACGUGUCUGUCGCUUGGAUUUACGGUACAAAAAGGUUCAUGCAGGAUCUGGAGGACAUGUUGGGUUUCCGACCAUAUAAGAUUUAUUUCUACCUGUGGAAGUAUGUCUCCCCUCUGUGUCUCAUUGUGCUCAUCUCAGCCACCGUCAUAGAGAUGGCCAUCAGCCCACCAGGAUACAACGCCUGGGUCCAAGAGCUGGCUCAUGAACGUUUCCAGAGCUACCCUCCCUGGGCACUGGCCAUGUGCUUCUCUCUCAUCGUGGUGGCCAUGCUUCCCCUCCCCAUUGUCUUCAUCGCUCGUCGCUUCAACCUGAUGUCAGAUGGCUCCAACAAGCUGUCCGUCUCCUACCGUAAAACCAUGAUGAAGGACAUCUCCAACCUGGAGGAGCAGGACGAGGCCAGAUUCAUCCUAGGUGCAAAGCCUGGCGAGGCGCCGUUAGCAGUGCCGGCUCGCAAAGCCUUCCUGACUCCAGGUGGGACCAAAGCCCUGGACCCCAACUCCCUGUCUCCAAACAGCUGCUACGGUACGAGCUACCAGAACACUGCCAUCAGCCCCACCACACCGACUACACCGACCACGCCUGCCACACCGGAGUCUGACUCUUGACUGCUAUCCAAACGCCCCUCUGACACCCAGUCCUGUAGCACAGUUUACCUUUCAGCCAUAAAGUCUCCACCGGGGGUCACUGCAGCGCAGAGAACACCCACCACUGCCCUGCUAAUGCCACAAAACUGUAUGUAGCCGCCCAACACGCAUCAAUAAAUAACACCUGCAGCAGGAGAAAAAAAGUUCACUCUUAUAACAGUAGAUCAGACACUGAAAUCAGGGUUAGAUUGACAGUGACGCACUGUAAAUCUCUAUCUAUUCUGUAUUUAACAUCACAGGGUUUAAGAUGAAGUUAUGUGAUCUGCUUUUCUUUGCCUUAGUAGAAGGAUCCUCAGCAGACACCCCCCCUCACCUGACACACACACACACACACACAGUUUAAUGCACAUUCCUGUCUGCACAGUGCAGGGGACCUGAAAGGAUGAAUGUAGAGGAGCCGGUGUGGUCCUGCUGAUUGAACAGGUUUUCACUCAGUACACUGGCACAGAGAGCCGAGAUGAAUGUGAGUUCACUUAUUUUAAGGUUUAAAGUCUGUCAGUGUUUCUGUUGCUGCCCUCUAUAAUGCUACUGUGUGUUAAAGCCAUACGGUCUUACACAGAAAAAGUUAUUGUCUAUUAGAUCUUAUGCAGCGAUUCAGUGUGUCCGUCAUACACUUCUGUUCGGAUGCCCUGAACUACAAAACACUUCUCAUCAUGUUUUCACAGGGCUCUGUGUAUUGUAAACUAUGCUUAAUGCUGCUCUAAAGACCAUCCAUUUAUGUUUCGUUCUCUUCCAUUUCCCUGUGUUUUGUGUGUAGCCAUUAUUGUUCAUUAUGUAAACAGUGUUGUACAGUAUAGUAAUACGAUGUAGGAUAAGAUUUAUGUUCUAAAGCCACAGUGUCACCCUCUGUUACACGCACAUUAUAACUCAUUUAAGUUUCUCCACCAAAGAGUAAAAACAAGACAAUAAAACACUUGAAAUCUAAAUAUUUAUAUUACUGAAUAACAGAAAGGAGAUAUAGAAAUAUAUCAAAUUGUGUUGAAGGUGAACUAGAAAGAGCUUCUUCAGUGACAGAAAGCACAGCUUGUUCACGUGACUUUGAAACAAAUGUCCAUCGCUUGCUUGAUGCAGUUUUGACUUUCUUCCUACAAAAGCACAAAAUAGAUUUUACACAAUUAUUGUGCACAAGAAACAAAUACUAACCCUAACUGCUGACCUGUUGUUUUAAAUUAUGCACAUGUGGAAUUGAAAUAACUGCUGUCCCACACAAUGAGUAAGCAAUAUAUAUUUACAUUGGAGCACAAACAAGAAUGCACAAACUAUGUUCACUAAUGGACAAGAAACAUAAUGAACAUGAAAUAGGACCAAAAGAUUUAGGAAGUUGAGAAGCAAAAAUCCAAAUAAUGGAAGAUUCAACUCAUCAGUAAUAAAAAAAAAAAACGAAUACAUGCACACACGUAUGCUCAAAUGCACACUGUUUCUGUAUAUCUGUGGAAUAAUAAACCUCCUGAAGUGUUACUGAAGCAGACGGUAACAUUAGUUGUGAUGAAGAUCUUUGACUCCAGGUUUAACGGAUGUUAAACCAGCUGACAUUCAUCCUCGAACCUGUUUCAUUUUUGUACACACUGAUAGUAAAUAGUAAAACUACAAAAACUGCAAAACUGUCAACAAGUUGAAACUGAGCACAUUCAAGUUCCUGUUACAUGGAAGAGGAUACCUUUAUUUAUUUUUUUAUCACAAUAUUCAAAGCCAUGGUGUUAAGGAUUAAAUGGACUAUAUUUAUAUUCCUGUAUAUUUGCAGUGUAUGUAGGUGUGUUAAAAAAACAAAGAUUUAUCUUUUAAAAGUGACCAGUAUAUAUAAUAUAUAUAUAUACUAUAUAUUUUCAUCUUGUGUGACGCUUAUUUAAAUUGUAUAUUUAAAGACUUCUCUAUUUUGUAGUUUGUGUAGCUAAUUCUUGUUGUGGGAUGUGAAAACGCUGCUGGGAGCUGGAGGUGAUGUGUGACGUGUCUUUUAUAGGCAGCGGCUGGUUCUCUGUUGUGUUCAUGAGAGCUGUGUGUUUUUUCUGGCGGGCGAUGUCCACUCACCUGUCUCCACUUUAGGUUUACUGGUCUACUUGUUUUUAGCCACACUAGCACCACCUGCGCUUACCAACGGAUGACUUUUCAUCUGGUGCCACCUACAGGUCAAAAUGCAAGAUAAUUACUAUAAUACGAACAACAUUUUAAAUGUUAUAUGGAAUAUCAGCAUGUUAGCACACCCGAUAUGCUACCAUGCUAACACCGGCUCCGUGUUAUAAUGCUAACAAAUGAUGCAUUCACACGAUAAUGUGAAGAACAAGAAACCCAGCUGCUAACCUUAGUGGUCAGUUAGCUACUCUUGGAGCAGUUUGUUAAUUAAAUUGAGUCUAUCAAUGUAUAAUGUUCUAUUUUCACCAAAUGGGAGAUAUUAUUGCUGUCAGAAAUUAACAACAUCUCAAAUCUUGGAAUUAUAACUCAGUUUUUCCAACUCAGUUGUUAGUAAUUAAACAAUAAGAGGAGGGUGUUUAUGGGUGUUUUUUAAAGUUUAUUCGACAGUAUUUGAUUGAGUUUAAUUAACUUUGCUAACCAGUUAAACCUAAGUUAAAAAGAAGAUAUGAGCACACCUGUUUUCUGCAUCCAUUCAUGUCUUUUCAUCACCUUUGUAUGCAAUCACACCACACCUAAAACUCACCUUUAUUAUGUAGCUGAGCCUGACAAUCUGACUGUCCUCAAACAGCUACUGUUCAGAGAAUAAACCGUUGUUAUUCAUGUGACAACAUGGUCCCACCCUCAGGCAGAACUAGUGGUAGGUCUAAGAACAGCAGAUGUGUCUCUUCAUCUUUCAACAGUUUGUGUGUAAAGAGCGUUACUGUCUCGCAGGACGGUUAGUGUGGCUAAAACGUUUACGUCUUGUUUCAUCUCUUGUCUUGUUUUAGUCUGUGUGAGCCAGGCACUUCCUGCUGAAAGUGCACCAUGUAGCGAACUCUCUGUUGUCUGAAUCUGUAAAUAAUCUUGUGUAAUCAAACUAUUCUGAAGUUAGAUUUUAUCCAUGUGACGUAUAUCAAUGUCUUAAAAAGUAACUGUUUUAGCAGUAAAUGUAACAUACAGUAAUAAUGAAUGUUAAUGCACUUUUUUCACUAGGACUGCAAAAAAGUUAGCAUUUGUUUUGUUGUCCUCAUAGCAGUAAAUUCAAGGUCUGUGUAAAAGCAAUAUCAAGUUAUUAAACUGAAGAAUAAUUUAGGCUCAAAGAAGCUUGACACAUUAGUGUCAGUCCAUAGCAAUGAUUAGAAACUGCCCCCUUAUAGCCAAAGGGAUGUUACAACUCUUCCUUACAAGUGCUGGAGUGUGUGUGCGUAUGUAUAUAGCCUAUAGUAAGGUGUGUGUGUGUGUGUGUGUGUGUGUGUGUGUGUGUGUGUGUGUGUGUGUGUAUUACCUGUGGGUGCAGGGCCUUACUGAGCACAUGUUUCAAGCACUGUCUGUACAGGAGACACGUUUAGAAAUGUCCUUUUACAGCUUCUCUCCCUCUUUUCUCAGUCGUAUUACGAUUGUAUGAUACUGACAAAUUGUUGUAAAAAUUGUGAACAUCAAAAAUAUUAAUAAUAAAGAGUGGACAAGC